CCGCCCGGAGCCGGGGCUGCGCCGACAGGGCGAGGCUGCACCGCGCGGGGCGGGGGCGCGCUGGCCGCCGGGCGGCGUUCGUUUUUCAUUUUAUUCCUUUAAGUCGAGGCCGAGGAGGAGCGAGUGGAGGCUGCCCCCUCGCGCGCCCCUCUGCCGACCGGUCAGGGAGCCCCGAGCAGUCGGGAAUGGUUACGCGAGUCCGGUCGCCCGCGCCCCGCUGUCUCCGGCCCGAAGCCCGGGGGCGCAGAGGCUGAACCGAAGACCGCUGAGGGAGCCACCGCGGGGCUGCUCGGGGCCAGGGCCGCUCCGGGAGCUCAGGUCGAACGAGGGCAGCGCCGUCACCUCUAUUCUGAGAAGACUCCACGGAGAAGGCUCCCCGCUGCCAGCGAGCGACAUCCCGGGAGCUGCCGAAAGGACAGCACGCCCUCCUCUCCCCUUUUCUCGCCGCACCGCCUCGCGGGACCCUCUCGAAGUGCCAGGUCCCCAGCUCCGGCCUCCGGCACCCGCUGCAGAAACCUCCGGCACCUUCGGGGAGUCCACACUGAAUGGGCUGGCCGUGAGAGGUCGGGCGCCCGACGAGGGGGCUUCGUAGGGCCUGGUGAGCGGCGGCCGGGAGAUCUGAGAGGCGCGGCCAGGAAAGCGGAGAGCGCGCCCUCGGGGCGCACGGCGCCGCGGCUCUAGUCGAGGCGAUGCCCGGGCGGCUGCGAGCCGCUGGCCGCAGGAGGCCCUAGGCGGGCAUGGGCUUGGCACCCCAGUGCUAGAGACCCUCUGCUCGGACUCGCGGGACCGACGCGAUGGCCUCGGAAGUGGUGUGCGGGCUCGUCUUCAGGCUGCUGCUCCCCAUUUGCCUGGCAGUAGCCUGCGCCUUUCGGUACAACGGGCUCUCCUUCGUCUACCUCAUCUACCUCCUGCUCAUCCCCCUGUUCUCGGAACCGACUAAAGCCACCAUGCAAGGACACACGGGACGGUUGUUAAAGUCUCUGUGCUUCACCAGUCUCUCCUUCCUGCUGCUGCACAUCAUUUUCCACAUCACGUUGGCGAGUCUGGAGGCACAGCACCGCAUCGCACCUGGUUACAACUGCUCAACCUGGGAGAAGACUUUCCGACAGAUCGGCUUCGAAAGCUUAAAGGGAGCCGACGCUGGCAAUGGGAUCCGAGUGUUUGUGCCUGAUGUAGGCAUGUUCAUCGCCAGCCUGACCAUCUGGCUGGUCUGUAGGAACAUUGUUCAGAAGCCAGUGGCCGAAGAGGCCGCGCAGUGUAACCCGGAGUUUGAGAACGAAGAGUCGGCUGGAGGAGAAAAAAUAGACUCCGAAGAGGCCCUGAUCUAUGAAGAGGACUUAGAUGAAGGAGACGGUCCUGAAGGCGACUUGGAGGAAAGCACGAAAUUAAAACUCUUCCGCAGGCUGGCCUCCGUGGCCUCCAAGCUGAAGGAGUUUAUUGGCAACAUGAUAACCACUGCGGGGAAGGUUGUUGUGACGAUUUUACUGGGUUCAUCAGGGAUGAUGCUGCCCUCUCUGACCUCGUCCGUGUACUUCUUCGUGUUCCUGGGCCUGUGCACCUGGUGGUCCUGGUGCCGGACCUUCGACCCCUUGCUCUUCAGCUGUCUCUGCGUCCUGCUGGCCAUCUUCACCGCAGGACACCUGAUCGGACUCUAUCUGUACCAGUUCCAGUUCUUCCAGGAAGCCGUUCCCCCCAACGACUACUACGCCAGGUUGUUUGGUAUCAAAUCAGUCAUCCAGACGGACUGUUCCAGCACGUGGAAGAUCAUUGCCAACCCCGACCUGUCCUGGUACCACCACGCCAACCCCAUUGUCCUGCUGGUGAUGUACUACACGCUGGCCACUCUGAUCCGGAUCUGGCUGCAGGAGCCCGUUGUAAGGACCAGAAGUUUUCAUGGUCUUGUCUGCAAAGUAGCAGGAGACUCCGGGGAAAGGGUGCAGGAAGAGAGAACCAAAGAGGAGGACAGAGCCCUGGCCUGCAGCCCAGCACCCAUCACGGCCGAGAGGAGGCGGAGCCUGUGGUAUGCGACCCACUACCCCACGGACGAAAGAAAACUUUUAUCCAUGACUCAGGAUGACUACAAGCCUUCCGACGGCCUGCUGGUGACCGUGAACGGCAACCCCGUGGACUACCACACCAUCCACCCCAGCCUCCCGCUGGAGAACGGCCCUGCCAAGGCUGACCUGUACUCCACGCCGCAGUAUCGCUGGGAGCCCGCUGCCGCCUCCCCGGAAAAGAAGGAGGAAGACGAUGAUGAGAAAGAAGAGUUUGAGGCGGAGCGGAGCCGGGAGGAGAAGAGGAGUGUCAAAGUGCACGCCAUGGUGUCUGUGUUCCAGUUCAUCAUGAAGCAGAGCUACAUCUGCGCCCUUAUCGCCAUGAUGGCCUGGAGCAUCACCUACCACAGCUGGCUGACCUUCGUGCUGCUCAUCUGGUCCUGCACCCUGUGGAUGAUCCGCAACCGGAGGAAGUACGCCAUGAUCAGCUCCCCCUUCAUGGUCGUCUAUGGGAACCUGCUGCUCAUACUGCAGUACAUAUGGAGCUUCGAGCUCCCUGAGAUUAAAAAGGUCCCAGGAUUCUUAGAAAAGAAGGAGCCGGGGGAGCUCGCCUCAAAGAUUCUGUUCACCAUCACAUUCUGGCUGCUGCUGAGACAGCACCUCACAGAGCAGAAAGCUCUCCAAGAAAAGGAAGCUCUUCUGUCUGAGGUCAAAAUUGGAAGUCAGGAAAGUGAAGUAAAAGAUGAUGAACAGGAUGUACAGGGGGACAGCGAGGCUCAGGAGAAGGAGGAAGAAGAGCAGCCGAAGGAGGAGCAGCAGGAGCAGAGAGAGGAAGAGGAAGAGGAAGAAACGGACGAACAGGAUGUGAUGAAGGUGCUAGGGAACCUGGUGGUGGCCCUGUUCAUCAAGUACUGGAUCUAUGUCUGCGGGGGAAUGUUCUUCUUCGUCAGCUUCGAGGGUAAAAUUGUAAUGUACAAGAUCAUCUACAUGGUGCUCUUCCUCUUCUGUGUGGCCCUGUAUCAGGUGCACUAUGAAUGGUGGAGGCGGAUCCUGAAGUACUUCUGGAUGUCAGUGGUUAUCUACACAAUGCUGGUGCUCAUCUUUAUAUACACGUAUCAGUUUGAAAACUUCCCAGGCUUGUGGCAAAACAUGACUGGACUGAAAAAAGAAAAGCUGGAGGACCUUGGCCUGAAGCAGUUCACGGUGGCUGAGCUGUUCACGCGCAUCUUCAUCCCUACCUCCUUCCUCCUGGUCUGCAUCCUGCACCUGCACUACUUCCACGACCAAUUCUUGGAGCUCACCGACCUGAAGUCCAUCCCCAGCAAGGAGGACAGCGCUGUCUAUAGCCAUGCCAAGGUCAAUGGGCGUGUGUAUCUGAUAAUAAAUAGGCUGGCCCACCCCGAGGGAAGCCUUCCGGACCUCGCCAUGAUGAAGCUGACCGCCAGCCUGGAGGUGGCGGAGGUCAAGCAGCUGGCUGGGCCUGUGGAGGAGACGCCGGGGGGGUGCCCUGCAAAAGCCAAGAAGGGUGAGCCUGGCAGGGACAGCGAGGACGAGGAUGAGGACGAGGACGAGGAGGACGAAGAGGAGGAGGAGACGUCAGAUCUGAGGAACAAGUGGCACUUGGUGAUCGACCGCCUCACGGUGCUGCUCCUGCGGUUCCUGGAGGGCUUCCACCAGCUGCAGACAUUCUUAUGGUGGAUCCUGGAGCUGCACAUCGUCAAGAUCGUGUCCUCCUACAUCAUCUGGGUGUCUGUGAAGGAGGUGUCUCUGUUCAACUACGUGUUUCUGAUUUCCUGGGCUUUUGCUCUGCCGUACGCCAAGCUCCGCCGUCUGGCCUCCAGCAUUUGCACCGUCUGGACGUGUGUGAUCAUUGUCUGUAAGAUGCUGUACCAGCUGCAGACCAUCAAGCCUGAGAACUUCUCUGUGAACUGUUCAUUGCCAAAUGAAAACCAGACGAACAUCCCCCUGCACCAGCUGAACAAGUCUCUGCUCUACAGUGCACCCAUCGACCCCACAGAAUGGGUGGGCCUCAGGAAGUCGUCUCCUCUGCUUGUCUACCUGAGGAACAACCUGCUGAUGCUGGCCAUUCUGGCCUUUGAGGUCACCAUCUACCGCCAUCAGGAGUACUACCGAGGUCGGAACAACCUCUCAACCCCCGUGUCUAAAACCAUCUUCCACAACAUCACAAGACUCCAGCUGGAUGAUGGACUUGUUAACUGUGCCAAGUAUUUCAUCAAUUACUUCUUCUACAAGUUUGGUCUGGAGACCUGUUUCCUCAUGUCAGUUAAUGUGAUCGGCCAGCGCAUGGACUUCUACGCCAUGAUUCACGCCUGCUGGCUGAUUGCUGUCCUGUACCGGCGCAGGAGGAAGGCCAUCGCUGAGAUCUGGCCCAAGUACUGCUGCUUCCUGGCUUGCAUCAUCACCUUCCAGUAUUUCAUCUGCAUCGGCAUCCCCCCUGCCCCCUGCCGAGACUACCCCUGGAGAUUCAAGGGUGCCAGCUUCAAUGACAACAUCGUCAAGUGGCUGUACUUCCCUGACUUCAUCGUUCGACCCAACCCCGUGUUCCUUGUGUACGAUUUCAUGCUACUCCUGUGUGCCUCGCUGCAACGGCAGAUCUUUGAGGAUGAGAAUAAGGCCGCCGUGCGGAUCGUGGCAGGCGACAACGUGGAGAUCUGCAUGAACCUGGAUGCAGCCUCAUUCAGCCAGCACAACCCCGUGCCCGACUUCAUCCACUGCAGGUCGUACCUGGACAUGUCCAAGGUGGUCAUCUUCAGCUACCUCUUCUGGUUCGUGCUCACCAUCAUCUUCAUCACUGGGACGACCCGUAUCAGCAUCUUUUGCAUGGGCUACCUGGUGGCCUGCUUCUACUUCCUGCUCUUUGGGGGUGACUUGCUGCUGAAACCCAUCAAGAGCAUCCUGCGCUACUGGGAUUGGCUGAUCGCUUACAACGUCUUCGUGAUCACAAUGAAAAACAUACUGUCUAUAGGAGCAUGUGGCUAUAUUGAAAAAUUGGUUCAAAAUAGUUGCUGGUUGAUCCAGGCAUUCAGCCUGGCCUGUACAGUCAAGGGCUACAAAAUGCCUGAUGAUGACUCCUCAUGUAAACUGCCCAGUGGGGAGGCGGGAAUCAUUUGGGACAGCAUAUGCUUUGCCUUCCUGCUGCUGCAGAGAAGAGUGUUCAUGAGUUACUAUUUCCUGCACGUGGUGGCGGAUAUAAAAGCCUCGCAGAUCCUGGCAUCCAGAGGGGCUGAGCUUUUCCAGGCCACCAUUGUGAAGGCUGUGAAGGCCAGAAUCGAGGAGGAGAAAAAGUCCAUGGACCAGCUGAAGAGGCAGAUGGACCGCAUCAAGGCCAGGCAACAGAAAUACAAAAAGGGUAAGGAGAGGAUGCUGAGCUUGACCCAGGAGUCGGGGGAAGGCCAAGAUCUCCAAAAACUUUCUGAAGAGGAUGACGAGAGAGAAGCAGACAAACAGAAAACCAAGGGCAAAAAAAAGCAGUGGUGGCGGCCUUGGGUUGAUCAUGCUUCCAUGGUCAGGAGUGGAGAUUACUAUUUGUUUGAAACGGAUAGUGAAGAGGAGGAAGAGGAAGAAUUAAAAAAGGAAGAUGAAGAGCCCCCCCGGAGGUCAGCUUUCCAGUUUGUUUAUCAAGCCUGGAUUACUGACCCUAAAACAGCACUCCGACAGAGGCGCAAAGAGAAAAAAAGAUCUGCAAGAGAAGAACAGAAAAGAAGAAGAAAAGAAUCUGGGGAGGGUCCUGUGGAGUGGGAAGACCGGGAGGAUGAGCCAGUCAAAAAGAAGUCUGAUGGACCAGACAACAUCAUCAAGAGGAUCUUUAAUAUUUUGAAGUUCACCUGGGUCCUGUUUCUGGCAACCGUGGACAGUUUCACAACGUGGCUCAACUCCAUCUCCAGGGAGCACAUCGACAUCUCCACCGUCCUGAGGAUCGAGCGCUGCAUGCUCACCAGAGAGAUCAAGAAGGGCAACGUCCCAACCCGGGAGAGCAUCCACAUGUACUACCAGAACCACAUCAUGAACCUGUCCAGGGAGUCAGGACUGGACACCAUCGACGACCAUGCUGGCACUGCUGCAGGCAUACAGAGCGCCCACAGGAUGGACAGCUUGGAUUCCCACGACAGCAUCUCCAGCUGCUACACGGAAGCAACCAUGCUGUUCUCAAGGCAGUCCACCCUUGAUGAUUUAGAUGGACCAGAAACUGUGCCUAAAACGAGUGAGCGCGCUCGGCCCGGGCUCCGUAAAAUGCUCAGCAUGGAUGUGUCCUCCUCGUCAGCCGAGAGCACCAGCUUAGCCUCCAGCGAGCCCACGCAGUGCACGAUGCUGUACUCGCGCCAGGGGACCACGGAGACCAUCGAGGAAGUGGAGGCUGAGCAGGAUGAGGAGGUGCCCGAGGGGGCCCGGGAGUCCGAGUCCCCACAGGACCCGACGGAGGACGGCGACGUGGAGGCCCCACCAUCGUACAGCAAGGCUGUCAGCUUUGAGCGCCUGUCCUUUGACUCCCGGGACGACUCGGCCGGCCAGACCCACAUGGAGGUCAGCCCGGACGACAGCCGCUCAGACCGGCUGGAGGCCAGCAUCCUGCCACCCCUGACCCACGAGCUGACAGCCAGCGAGCUGCUGCUGAACAAGAUGUUCCAUGACGACGAGCUGGAGGAGUCGGAGAAGUUCUACGUGGGGCAGCCGCGCUUCCUGCUGCUCUUCUACGCGCUGUACAACACGCUGGUGGCCCGCUCCGAGAUGGUGUGCUACUUUGUCAUCAUCCUCAACCACAUGGUCUCCGCCUCCAUGAUCACCCUCGUGCUGCCCAUCCUCAUCUUCCUCUGGGCCAUGCUGUCUGUCCCCCGGCCCAGCAGGCGCUUCUGGAUGAUGGCCAUUGUCUACACAGAGGUGGCCAUUGUGGUCAAGUACUUCUUCCAGUUUGGGUUCUUCCCCUGGAAUAAGAAUGUGGAACUGAACAAGGACAAGCCUUACCACCCGCCCAACAUCAUUGGGGUGGAGAAGAAGGACGCCUAUGUGCUCUAUGACCUCAUCCAGCUGCUGGCACUCUUCUUCCACCGCUCCAUCCUAAAGUGUCAUGGCCUCUGGGACGAAGACGACAUCGUGGACAGCAGCUCGGACAAAGUGGACUCAGACGACGAGCUAUCCCUCGGCCACGGCAGGAGGGCCUCCUCCGACUCGCUCAAGUCCAUCAACCUGGCUGCGUCUGUGGAGUCGGUGCACGUGACCUUCCCCGAGCAGCCGGCUGCCGUCCGGAGGAAGCGCUCCAGCAGCGGCUCCCAGACAUCACAGGGAUCCAGCUUUUCCUCGAAUAGGUCCAAGAGAGGCAGCACGAGCACCCGGAACAGCAGCCAGAAAGGAAGCAGCGUCGUGAGCAUCAAGCAGAAGAGCAGACGGGAACUUUACAUGGAGAAGCUGCAAGAACACUUGAUCAAAGCAAAAGCCUUUACCAUAAAGAAGACCCUGCAGCUCUACGUGCCCAUCAGGCAGUUCUUCUACGACCUCAUCCACCCUGACUACAGCGCUGUCACCGAUGUGUAUGUGCUUAUGUUCCUGGCGGACACCGUGGACUUCGUCAUCAUUGUCUUCGGCUUCUGGGCCUUCGGGAAACACUCAGCCGCGGCCGACAUCACGUCCUCGCUGUCCGAGGAUCAGGUGCCGGGGCCCUUCCUGGUGAUGGUGCUCAUUCAGUUUGGGACCAUGGUGGUGGAUCGGGCACUCUACCUCAGGAAGACCGUCCUGGGAAAGGUCAUCUUCCAGGUCAUCCUGGUGUUUGGGAUUCACUUCUGGAUGUUCUUCAUCCUGCCUGGCGUGACCGAGAGGAAGUUCAGCCAGAACCUGGUCGCGCAGCUGUGGUAUUUCGUCAAGUGCGUGUACUUUGGGCUGUCCGCCUACCAGAUCCGCUGCGGCUACCCUACUCGGGUCCUCGGCAACUUCCUCACCAAGAGUUACAACUACGUCAACCUCUUCCUGUUCCAGGGGUUCCGCCUUGUCCCUUUCCUGACGGAGCUGAGGGCUGUGAUGGACUGGGUGUGGACAGACACGACCCUGAGCCUGUCCAGCUGGAUCUGUGUGGAGGACAUCUAUGCUCACAUCUUCAUCCUCAAGUGUUGGCGGGAGUCGGAAAAAAGGUACCCACAGCCCCGGGGGCAGAAGAAGAAGAAGGUGGUCAAGUACGGGAUGGGGGGCAUGAUCAUCGUGCUGCUCAUCUGCAUCGUCUGGUUCCCGCUGCUCUUCAUGUCUCUGGUCAAAUCUGUCGCCGGGGUCAUCAACCAGCCCCUGGACGUCUCAGUCACAAUCACCCUGGGCGGGUACCAGCCUAUUUUCACAAUGAGUGCCCAGCAAAGCCAGCUGAAAGUUAUGGACCAGACAAUGUUUAGUAAAUUCACUAAAGCUUUUACUAAGGACACUGGUGCUAUGCAAUUUCUGGAAAAUUAUGAAAAAGAAGACAUAACAGUUGCAGAACUGGAAGGAAACUCAAAUUCUUUAUGGACCAUCAGCCCUCCCAGUAAGCAGAAAAUGAUACACGAACUCAAGGACCCCAAUAGUAGCUUCUCUGUUGUUUUUUCAUGGAGUAUUCAGAGAAACAUGAGUCUGGGUGCAAAAGCAGAAAUAGCAACAGAUAAACUUUCUUUCCCUCUUAAAAACACGACACGAGAGAAUAUUGCUAAAAUGAUAGCCGGCGGCGACACAGAAAGUUCCAGGACGCCUGUGACCAUAGAAAGGAUUUACCCGUACUACGUGAAAGCACCCAGUGACUCUAACUCCAAACCCAUAAAGCAGCUCUUAUCUGAAAAUAAUUUCAUGAACAUCACGAUCAUUUUGUCCAGAGACAAUUCAACUAACUCAAACAGUGAGUGGUGGGUUCUCAACUUGACUGGGAACAGAAUCUACAACCAGGAAGCGCAGGCCCUGGAGCUGGUGGUCUUCAACGACAAGGUCAGCCCCCCCAGCCUGGGGUUCCUGGCCGGCUACGGUAUCAUGGGCCUCUAUGCUUCCGUGGUGCUGGUGAUCGGGAAGUUUGUCCGGGAAUUCUUCAGCGGGAUUUCUCACUCCAUCAUGUUUGAAGAACUUCCCAACGUGGAUCGGAUUCUGAAGUUGUGCACAGACAUUUUUUUAGUCCGGGAGACGGGGGAGUUGGAGCUGGAGGAGGAUCUCUAUGCCAAAUUAAUAUUCCUGUACCGGUCACCAGAAACCAUGAUCAAAUGGACCAGGGAGAAAACAAACUGACACCCUGGCCACAGACCACGAGCCGAGUUAACGUGGGGAUUUUCCAAAGAAAAGAAGAAAAGCACAAUCUUGUCCUGCGAGCUAAGCAUUUCCAGUUCGGCAGAAACAGUCUCUGUGCUGACGGGAGCAGAAGGGCUGGGCUCCCUUUUGCCCCCAGAGCUACGAGCCAAGGCGCUGUUGAAACAUCCUUUGUGUUAAUUCCGUUCCUCUGAAGUCGGGGGCUGCUCGCCUGUGGCCGUCCACGGUGCCUCGCAUCCUGAUUGACUGUGUGGAGGAGUUGUUGACAGGUCUGGUCCUCAGAGACACAGAACAGCAGGAGGAGGAAGGAGAGACCUUCUCCUGGGUGAACGGUGCCCUCCUGGAGAUACCCGGUCAUCGCAACGCCAUGCCCGGUGCUCGGCUGCCAAGGGGACGCUGCUGUGGGGAGGGGCCAGGGGCCUGCACCCCAAAUAUGCAGCAGAGUGGGGGCUGAAACCCCUACAUCCACUUCUAGGGGGAAAGAAGGAGGGGCCGGUGACCCAUGGUGACGCCAGUGGAAGGAUAAGCCUCAUUCUAAGCAAAAAGAUAACCUUAGUGACACUUACUGCCUUACCUUAACUGAAGAGUAAUACGAAAUCUUUCCAUUCAACACCAGUGACUUCUCAGGAAAAAAAAAAAAAAGCAGCAAAACAAAGACAUGGAUGCAGUGUUGCCGAGGCCCAGCUGGUGGCUCUUCUGGUUCCAGAGAGUUCCUGCUCCCCUGAAAUCCCGACCCAGGAGACAGACAGAGAUGCCACCCAGUGGAGGUGGGGUCCUUGGACGCUGUAACCUUUGCUGACUGAGGUCUGAGCUCCCCUCUGCCCCCCCAACCCCCACGCUUCCUCCCAUUUCCAUGACUCACAGCAGUGGUUUUUCCAGUAUGUGACGUUUUUUCCCCUGUUUUUCAGGUCUCUCAACGAGUUUACAUAUUCCAAUUCACAUUUUUACAUCUGAGACGGGUUUUUUUAAGUUCAUAAUUAUGAAAGAAAUAUGUAUAUUGAGCUUGGGGAAAUAAACAAACGGCCUUUUCUUAAAUUAUUAUUAUGGGUCAUACAACGUCUUCAUGAAAUAACAAUGUAGCAUGAAAAAUUGAUGAUUGACAUGUAGUUUUCAUUCCAUAUUAAAGGACAGUUUCUGAGAAGAAUCAUUGAAUGGACUAGAAUAUGUCCCAAAUAAUUGACCCUCUGUAGUUUGGGUUCGGGACUGAUUGAGAAUAAAGCACAUCCUGCAAAGUCACUUUAAGAAUACUCUUCCUUCUGCCUUGUUGCAUGAAAUAGGAGAAGCGACUCUUCUGUACUGUGUGCCCAGAGCUAAGAACCCACUUCUGGUGGGUUGGCUGUAUUGUCGGUUUUCUCAUGUGUGUGCUCAAGGGGAUUAAAAAAAGCAGAAACAACUGGUAAAAAAUAACCUUCCCAGGAGGAAACCAUUACAGUGAAUACAGAGCUUUUAAAACAUAUCAGAGUUCAAACGAUGCCCAGUGUCUUCUGGAAAAUCAGUGCAGACCUGCACCUCAGCUGUGAAUGCCUGGAACCUCCCGGACCACUUAGGGUAAAUGCUUGUCGUCAUAGCAAUAAAUUCCAAGCACUCAGCGACCUCCUCA